UUUGGUAUUCUUUUGAAUGAUGGAAGAUAAACUAAUUCAUGCAAUACUCAUUUGGAAUUGUUUUGAAUGAGGGAAGGGAGUUGGAUUAUGAUAAUUAACCCUUAGAAAUAUGAAAAUAUAAAAGCUUAUCGUUUGUAGGCCAUCGAUCUUCAACGUACUAGUAGUUUAUAGGGAGUGUAAAUCAUAGAAGUAAUAGCCAAAAGUUUGAACAGUUCUGAUCACGUGAUCCUUCUCACAAAGCAAUUAAGAUGAUUUGGGGCACGUUUCGGGUAAAAAUUUGCCAGUAUCGUUUAAAAAGAAGAUAAAAUGAUAGCAAAGCAAUGAAUUUGUGGCUGAUUUCAAAUAUACCCCGUUUAUAAACACUAAAUUUCGUUUAUACAACAAAAAGAAAACGUGAAAGUUGAUGCGAUACCCCUGCACAAUCGAUACCUCAUUGUUCGAUAUUCUUUUGAGUUUUGCCGGUCCGCUAGCUAGCUCUCGAUCUCGCGCUUGCACUAUAGCUCGUUCGCUUCAACGACAAGUGGUUGCCGAGUAUCUGAAAGCCUCAUUUGGUGAUAUAUUUUUCAGGAGAAGGAAAGGAAGCUUUACAAAUCGAAAUGGAGGCGAUUAGGAAAAAGAUGAGUGGGUUGAAAACGAGACUCGAAGAGGAGGAGGAAAAGUGUAAAGACUUAGAAAAGCAGAAACAAGAGAUGGAGGAGCGUGCAGACGCGGCAGAGGCAGAGGUGAAGAAUCUUAACAGUAAACUUAUCCUUCUUGAAGAAGACAAUGGCAAACAAGAAGAGGCAUUAGGAGAUACAAGGAGAAGGCUAGAAACAGUUGAAGUAGAAGCAGACGAAAACUUAAGGUAAGAAUCAAAUGCCAUUUUAAUGACUUGUUUUCAGUGAAGUUAAGUAGGUGAGGAGAUAGGUUGUUGACUACAUGUAUGGGGAAAGUCUUGACACAAGUGUCUACUACAUGUACAUGUACAGUACGACAGGUCAAGGGAAUUUGUCAAGUUUAUUUGAUAUGUAGGCCCUAGAUAUACAUGUAGAUCUCAUAACAUGUGUUUUACAUUUGUAUACCAAUACAUGUAAAUGAUUAUGCAUCAUUCAUAGAAAGCACCAAACAUAAUAUGUUUCUAAAUCUAUUUCCCUGCCUGUGGCACCACUACCUGAUCAGGCAUUUGAUCAUUCAAGGAAUUUCUUCCUACGGGAACCCAUUUGUCACUCCUGAGUGGAGAGGGCAAAAGUACAUUUAGAUAAAUUGCCUUGCCAAAGGACACGAGUACUGUGAUGGGAUUUGAACACUGGACCUUGUGAGUCUGGUCUUCUCUCAGUUCCAAAAUGUGAAACAAAGUGGGGAUAGGGCUUUUGUUUAUGCAGGGCUUUCGCUAUGGAAUUCCCUUCCACAAGAUACUGUACAGUAUAUCUGUGAUAGCCAGCCUGUUGUAAUGAAACUGUUUUAGAUGAAACUAAAAACUUACCUAUGCGAUUCUUUUUAUCAAUGAUUUGAGUAUAAUAUUUCUAUGUUCCUUUGUUAUUUUGUAUUCUCCCCCUUCAACUGUGCACCUUGAGCAUCUCUACAAUGAGUUAAAUUUUAAGUUUGGAGAUUUAUCCACUGAGCCACAACAUAAGCCGUACACUUCUUCUCUUGAAGUUAACCUACAAUACAUGUAUGAUGGUUUCUUUUAAAAAGGUCAAGGUACAUGUAGGCCUAUUUGUCUAUGCAUAUUGUAAAUGAUGUGAUCUGAUUUUACAUCUCAAUAUACAAUGUAGUAAUGUACCCUUUAUAUACUUCAAAUUCAUAAAAAUUUACUGCUACACAGUUGCGCUCAGAUGCUCAGGAUUGUUGACUGAUUUGAUAGUAUCUGACCCUACCAGCAAUAUUGACACAAGUAAUCUUAAGCUGAUGUAAUAUUGAAUGUAAAUACAAAGUCACAGUCAUGGUGAGAAUUAGUGAUUUAAAAGAAUGCACAUACAUACAUUACAACCAAUUUACCCCAGUGACAUUAUCAUUUGCCUUGUAAUGUUUGAGAGUACUGUACCUUUUCAAAGUACAAUGUAGGUCCUACAUAAACCCUACAUGUACAUGUUGAUAAAGUUGGAACUUGCAAUUCCAUCACACAUGCUCCUACACUGUAGCAAAAGUUUACUUAUAUUUUAUUUGCUAUCUGACUAGAUACAUGUAUUUAUUGCAGUUGGAGAUUAAUUAUGUACCAGGACCCUGUUACAUAAAAGUACCGGUAACUAUUAUGGAAACUUCGCCAUCCAAUGGUAACUACCAUGGUAUGAUCAACGGCCAAUCAAAACCACUUGAGGAGUCCAUUGAAGGUACCAUUGAAUGGCAAAGUUACCAUAAUAGUAACUUUUAUCAACAGGGCCCAGAUCUCCAAAAUAUUAAUGUAUAAACUGUUUUUUCGUGGGGGUUUUAUUUUCACGGAUUUCACAAAUUACAGAUUGGCCGUGAAUUUAACAACGUGCAAAAAUAUUGACACAUUUUGUAAUCAGUGCCCCAAAUCUCAAUGUCCCCAACAGCAAAGCUUUACUAUUGCAAAAUGCAAACAUCCUGUGUGGUGAAAAAAUUGAGAUAUGCACCUAUGUAUGUACAAAAAAUAAGGUUGAGAAAGUACAGUAUAAACACAUGUAGACGUAGUAAUUCAAGAAAUUAGCUAAAAUUUCACUUUUUAAUUUCUCAAACAAAAUCAGAGCCUAAAUUAUUUCCUAACAUAUUUUUACCAAUAUUUAUUCACUCACUGUAAUAAUUACAAUGUAUUUUCCAUGAAAUAAUUGAUUUUAUUGUCAUCUGAUUAACUCUAUACACAGGUACAUUGGCAGUUAUUGGCAUACUCAUUAAUAUUUGUAAGUCACAUGACCAGAGGUUUUAAGGCGUAAGAUUCUGUUCACAAAAUUCAACAUUUCUGUACUCAAACCAACUUAAAAAAAAAUGAAUCUAACAAAACACAACUUCCAAAGAUUGCUUUUAUAGAUCAAACUAUGACGAAUUUUCAGAUCUAAAGAUACAAAAAAGGUGAAAUUUAAGCCACUUUAUUUACAAAAGACACAUCAGCAUAGAGGCUUUGAGGAGCAUAUUUUUACACAUGUUUUGCACUAUUUUUGCUUCUCUGUAAUGCUGUGGAAGUGUUUGGUACAUCUUGCAAUCGCGAAUUCAACCCGGGGGGGGGGGGGGGGGCACUCAGUAUAUAAUGCAUAGUGGGUAUGUGCCGCGGAGGGGACCCCCAUUUUUACACUCAAAUUUCCGUUCGAAGGCAUAGCAUUUUUGUCUUAUUGAGAAAAAGAAAAAAAAGAAAGCCGCUCCAAAGCAUAGCAUUUUCUUCUUAUCGAGAAAAAAGAUGAAAGAAAUCCGCUCCAAAGCUUCGCAUAUUUUUCGUUACGCUGUUCCGGUCGCAUUGGCUGCCGGGCUAGCUGCAUCAUGCACGCAUGCCCGUUCCAUAUGCAUAAUACGCACUCACACGCUGGCGAUCUGUUCCAAGGACCCCCGUU